UUUCGGGUGGCCGGCGGGAUGGGCCGAAGCGCCAGGGGGAGUUCCUUUGGAAAGAGAACCAAAACCAAAAGCGGAAGGUCCGACGCAAUUUUGGCUCAAGGUUCCAAGGGGCCGUCGCUGGCCUCCCAGGGCUCCCCUCGGGCGUCUCUCGUUCUUUGCAGCUGCGCACAUCUGCAGACCGCAUCAUGCGCCUGCGCACGUCUCACAGCGUCGGCGCGCUGCUCCUGCUGCUGGCAGCGCGCGGCGCCCCGAGCGCCCGGUCGCCGGCGAGCGGGACGCUGAGGCUGGAGGACUCGGCGAGCGGUCGCCCUCGCGAGCCGCAGGCCGAGUUGGGGAGGCGCCAGGCUACCAGCGGCGCGCAGUUGCUCAAGCUCUUGGCGAGUGAUGGGGCCGCAGACGACUAUUUUGGAAAUGCGGUGGCCGUGAGCUCCGACGGGGCCCGCGUGGUGGUGGGGGCCCGUCUGGACGACGACCAGGGCCUAAAUUCUGGCUCCGUGCACGUGUUCGACGGUACCACCGGCGAGAGGCUGCUCAAGCUUGUGGCGAGUGAUGGGGCCGGAUACGACUACUUCGGAAUGGCGGUGGUGGUGAGCUCCGACGGGGCCCGCGUGGUGGUGGGGGCCAAUUAUGACGACGACCAGGGCCUAAAUUCUGCUGACGACGACCAGGGCACACAAUCUGGCUCCGUGCACGUGUUCCACGGUACCACCGGCGAGAGGCUGCUCAAGCUUGUGGCGAGUGAUGGGGCCGCAUACGACUAUUUCGGAAAUGCGGUGGCCGUGAACUCCGAGGGGGCCGCGUGGUGGUGGGGGCCUAUCGUGACGAAGACCAGGGCAGCUAUUCUGGCUCCGUGCACGUGUUCGACGGUACCACCGGCGAGAGGCUGCUCAAGCUUGUGGCGAGUGGUGGGGCCGAAGAUGACCAUUUCGGAGUGGCGGUGGCCGUGAGCUCCGACGGGGCCCGCGUGGUGGUGGGGGCAUACUAUGACGACGACCAGGGCAGCAAAUCUGGCUCCGAGCACGUGUUCGACGGUACCACCGGCGAGAGGCUGCUCAAGCUUGUGGCGAGUGAUGGGGCCGAAUACGACAACUUCGGAAUGGCGGUGGCGGUGAGCUCCGACGGGGCCCGCGUGGUGGUGGGGGCCCAGAUGGACGACGACCAGGGCGACGAUUCUGGCUCCGUGCACGUCUUCGACGGUACCACCGGCGAGAGGCUGCUCAAGCUUGUGGCGAGUGAUGGGGCCGCAUACGACUAUUUCGGAAUGGCGGUGGCCGUGAUCUCCGACGGGGCCCGCGUGGUGGUGGGGGCCUACAAUGACGACGACCAGGGCGGCGAAUCUGGCUCCGUGUACGUGUUCGACACCAUCGUCACCACCAGGACGGCCACGAGUUCCGCGACGUCAAGCAUUUCUACCACCAAGACAACCACCGAGACAACCACCGAGACCAUCAAGACUUCCGCGACGACCACCAAGACGGCCACGACGACCAUUGAUACGGGCACGAGUUCGGCCAUAUCAAACACCACAGCCACCACCGAGCCAGGGGAAGUAAUUCAAAUUGCAGUCUUGAUCUUGGCUGGUGCCUGGAUCUUGUUCUUGGGCUGCGGUGUCGCGCUGGGCUGCCUGGUGAGGCGCGGGCUUGUAAGGGGCCCAACACCCUAGCGCGGCAUUCGCAAAGCCAGGCACUCCUCUGAUGAAUCAAUCGGGGGCGGCGGAAAACGCCUAUGUGGACUCAAUUUUCCAUUGUGCGCCAGCCAUGCAAUCAUGAUCAUCAUCAUCAUCAUCAUCA